UGGGAAGCCCCGCCGAUGGCGUUGAUGUUUUAUCAUUGCCUACUCGGCGAAAUAUUUGAGCUCCCCAACCUAUAUUGAACAUUCGAUUUUUCUGAACUAUCACCCCUAUCGACGGACAAAUAUUUACGAGUGGUAACUUCGUCUAACUCGUGGCUAGUCAUUCAAACAGUACGCGCACACUCGCCGACUUCGGUGCCCGCUGUUUCCACUACCCUGUCUUUUUUCAAGUCUUCGCGCUUGUUGACGACAUUUGAGGGAUUCGAUCAACCAUGGAUCAGCAGGUCGACAGGCUAGUCGAUAAGAUCUGGGGGAAAUACCAAUCCACACCCCCAAACGCGCGCCUCCUAAUAGCCGUCAGCGGCAUCCCAGGGUCCGGCAAAACCGGCCUCGCCACAACAAUGGCAGCGCGCAUCAACGCCCUCCACGCCGCAACCCACCCGCACAACAGCACACCUAUCGCAGCCACAAUCCCAAUGGACGGAUACCACCUCACACGGGCGCAGCUCGCGCAAAUGCCCGACCCCGCCUACGCGGCCGCCCGGCGCGGUGCGGCCUUCACCUUCGACGGGGAGAAGUUCCUGAAGCUUGUGCGGGCGCUGCGGGAGCCUGUUACGGCGGAGACGAAGAGUGUGUACGCGCCGAGCUUUGACCAUGCGGUGAAGGACCCUGUUGAUGAUGAUAUUGAGGUGCCGGCUUCGUGUCGGGUUGUGUUUUUCGAGGGGAACUAUUUGAGUUUGGAUCGCGAUCCGUGGAAUCGGGCGGCGGGGUUGAUGGAUGAGCUUUGGUUUGUGGAUGUGGAUUUUGAGGUUGCUAGGGAGAGGCUGGUGAGGAGGCAUGUGCUUGCGGGCAUUGCGGAGGAUGAGAGGGCUGCGGAGAAGAGGGUGAGGGAGAAUGAUCUUGUUAAUGGGAGGGAGAUUGUGGAUUGUAGGUUGGGGGUGCAGGAGGUGAUUAAUAGUACGUUUGAUGCUGGUUGGGGGAGUUGAGAUUCUUUAUAGGGGGAUGGAUUGGACUGGAUUAAUGGAUUAUGGGGGGGGAGUUGCUUCAUGCUUGUUGAGUUUAUGGGUUAGUUUUUGGGAAGCGUUCUACAUAUUCGUGGUAUCUUGAGCGCAUGAGUAUGAGCGUUAUUGUCGCAUGCCUGGGAGAAUCCUGAGUGUGGACUGUAAAUAGAUGGAUUGGGCUGUUAGAGUAAUUUUAUAAACGGAUCGCACUAAUCAAGGCUCUAUCCAUAGCCUGUAAUACCAAAUACGCAUCAUGCAC